AUGAUGAUGACGAUGGUGGUACAGGCUGCUGCUUGGUUUGGUCUUGUCUGCAGCAGAAGCUUGUGCACUCGUGCUGGACUCUACAUGUGUUUCUGCUAA